UCCCACGGCGCUCGCACCCCGCAGGACGGCGCCCAAGGCCGGGGAAAGGCGCCGCAUCUCUUCGGGGUGCCCGAGGCUGCGGCAGCGGUCUGUGGAGGCACGUGCCGCAGAGUCCUCGAGGAGCAAAUAGAGGGCUUCACCCAAGGCUAAAAUCUUUUGGGUGUACCUACAUCAGCAAAAUAUGCUCCCUGCAAAAACAUUACCAGCACAGCAAAGUGUGGGAGACAUUGCCAUCAUUCUGAGGCUGAAAACUGCCCCAUCUCUCCUGCCUGCAACGAAGAAUUUUGUGAGAGAAACUGGCAGUGGAGGUGACUUGAUCCCUGUCUCCCACCUGAAUGCAUCAGACAAGCUGCAGCUUUUGAGCUUAGUUACGAAGAGGAGGAAAUUCUGGUGCUGGCAGAAACCCAAGUAUCAUUUCUUGACAGUCACCCUGAGUGAUGUGCUUACUGAAGACAAACCAAUAAAACCAGUUAUUGUGGAGUCUGACUUUGCAAAAUAUAUGGGGAAGUUUGAAGAUUUUGUUCAAGGAAGUAUUGAAGCAUCAUUUGUGAAAGUCAGCCUGGGAGCUGGGGGGAAGGGCUACGUGGAAAACCAGUCCUCAUUUGGAAACCUGAGGAAGCAGGAGAUUGACUUGCAGCAGCUUAUGAAAGAUGUCAAGGACAGGACAAUAGAUCUAAGCAAUAGUUUACUGCAACAAGUAAUAGAAAGAAAACGUGAAGUGCUGUGCAUCUUGAGAGAAAAGAUAAUCACAACUCAGAGGUGUACGAUAUCCGAACAUAUCCAGACAGAAGAAAAAGUCAGUGGUGUGAUGGGAUGCACUGCAAAAACUGUGAAGGUUUCAGUAAGUGAAAAUGGGACUCUGAUGAAAGAUUCUAGUGUGAUCCUUGAAAUUCCUCCUGCAACCACUAUUGCCUAUGGUGUAAUUGAACUGUUUAUAAAGCACAAUGGCCAGUUUGAGUUCUGUCUGCUAGAUGAACAGCAAGGAGGUUUUGAAAAAGAAAGCACAGAAGGCUCAGCUUAUCCCCAUUCAUUUCAAUUCAGAGAUGCUUCGUUCUUCUAUCAGCCAGAUGCUGUUGAUAAUGAGAUGUACUCUGGGGCUAAAAACCUCGUUCCCAGUGAUGCUUCUAUAAGUAUAUUGAAACAAGAUCUGUCACGGUUGAAGACCCAGUUCCAGCCCUUUGUGAAGCUUCCGGAAGACAAGCGAAGAGCUUUAUAUAAAGCCCUUUGUGAACUCUUGCUCCAUGAAGAAAUGGUGACUGCCCUGGGGGACAUGUUUGAUGAUAUAUGCACAGGAGACAAGCCAGAUCUGGAGGAGUUAAAGCUUGAACAGCAAAGAGACCUCUUUGACUUCUUGCAGCUUUCAGGGUGCAGUUUACAGAGUGAGCUGCUGCAGAAAUAUCAGCCUAAGGAUGAAGAACUUUUCUCAGCUGCUCACCUUCUUAUCAGUGCUAUAUCUGAGCUGCCUGAUGACACUCUUGUCCUGCUGCGUGCCUGCUGUGAUCUUCAGGUUGUUCCUGUCUUAUGUUGUUUGCCUAACGUCGCUUCAGCCGAUGGCACCGUGGCACUGAGCAGUCCUUUGGUGGCCACUCUCGCUGACAGAGGAAGAUUUGAGGUUGUGCAAAGGCUGUUUGCUUCAUCAAACAUUAAUCUGGAAAUGACAGAGUCUUCUGUAAAAGCUGUAACUAUGAAAGAACCGAGAUUCUUCCCACUUGUUCUUUAUGUUGCACUGUAUGGAUUUUGUGCUUUAGGUGGGAAUGUAUAGGAGCUGUACUGAGUAUCCAGGUUUUGCCCUAGCCUGUUGUUUCUUCUGUAGCUCUGUAAUUUUGGUGUGUUUGGGAUCAGCAGUAGAGCUGUUCUGUUGGUACUUAGGGCAGCACAGCCAGGAAUUAGGGUGACUAGGGGACUCUGCAGUUUCAGUGGAGAAUACAUAAAUAAGGGAUGAAGGCAAGAAAUUAAAAAAAGAGCCAUGGAAGAUAAAUUGAACAUAGCUGCUCUGGUAGGUGUGUCAGGUCUGCAGGGCAGUGAAAGCCGGAUUGCUUGCAUUAAUAUGCACGGGAGAAAACAGCAAAGUAUGAACUGCUUUUUGUAAGCAAGCAAACACUGGAAACCCAGGGUUCUGCAAUGCAGCAACUGUUUUGCUCCUUUUAGCCUGGGUGUGCAGAAUGCCUUCACUCUGGAGCAAGUGCAAUGGAGGGCUCUUAGAAAGGUACUCAGAUUCUCUUAUUAUUAUUUGGCUUUAUAGGGAUUUAUACCUCUGUGCAGCAUUUUUGUUUUCUGUUAUGUCUUUACUCAUGUUAGCCAGUUUCAGCUGUUUAAACUGCAUUCUGAACUUUGAGGUAUGGCAGUGCCUUUUGCUGUGUGCACAUGAAAGGUCCCUGCUGCACACCACAAAAAUGAUCAUUUUACCCAUAUGACAUUUUCAGUGCAGAUAUUUUGCUUGUUUCUUUGACUAACAGCAAAGUAUUAGUAAAGCACUGUGUGCUUGAACUAUUUUGCCUGGUUUUUCAUCGUAGUUUUUUGUAAUCAUGGAUAGAACAGAAAUGCAGCAGAGAUCACUGUAAAUGUGGGCUUGGGAAGAUGAUGUUCCAAGUGGGUGGAGUAUCAGUGCUUGCACAUGAAAUCAUGAGACGGCUGAGAGACAAACAAGCAGGCACCUGUGUGGGGGUGAUCAGUAACCAGGCCCUGCAGCGUAGCUGGUGGGUAGGAGUUCUGCUCAGUUUCCUACUCUAUUCCCACAUGGCCUUGAGCAGAUUGUCUAAGAAGCCUUUAAAAAGUCACGUCAGUUCAGUUUUCCUCGAGGACAUGGACUUUGCAGAAAAGCACCACGGUGCCUUUGCAUUCCCUGAGAGCUCAGGAUAGCUCUGGGACGUGGGCGUUUCUGCAUCUCAUCUGUUAAGUGAAGCUGAUGGUGUUGCCUGAACUUUGUGCUGGUGUAGAAGGAAAGAUUCUUCAGGAGCUGGAAGCAUGGAACUCUGCUUCUGGGAGCAGGGUAUAAGUGGGAAAGUCGUCUUUUGCCUAUCACUACUAAAAGUUGCCUCUGUAAUGAGUUUACAGAAACCUUCUAUUAAAUGCUAUGUCAAAACAAUAGAGUAACUUA